AUGUCCGAAUAUCACAUUCAUUUAAUUCUGGUGUUAUCAACACUGAUAGGACUGACAGCAGCUUCAAUUGGAACGACUUUACCAUUUACUGGACUUUGUCCGAUACCUAGCAAGACACCGGAACCUAUGAAUAUCGAAACCAGCCAAGCGAAAAAGAUUUUCACCUUUCCUCUGACAUUCAUUGGGAAUCAUGGACACCAAAAAGCUGUUUUGGUUAAUACUGGGCAUUCUGUCGAAGUGUUCCUAAAAGAACCAAAAACCGCGGAAAUAGUAAUCGGAGGCGUACUUGGUUUCAAUCUAUACGUUUACUCGAAAACAAGAUUUUAUUGGACAAAUGAGACAAAUGGCGAAGCUUACUCAACGGUCAAUGGCAAAAAUGGCUCUCCUUUGGAAGCGUCUGUAGUAUAUUACAAUUUGAAAUAUGGAACAUAUCGUGAAGCUUUAAAAUAUCGCGACGGUUUAUUCGAAGUUUUAUUUCGGAUACGUAUUGGAUCAAAAUCGAGUCGAAAAUUUGAGAAAUUCGGCCAAGCUUUAAGAAAAGUUCGACAACCUACUCAAGUGGCUACGAUUGAAUUGACAGACUCGUUUUUGUGGUUUGAAGAAUCUUUAACCAACGUUGCAUAUUUUGCCUACCCAGGAGCUGAGACGAAUGAAACCUCGCAUACAGUAUAUUACUGUACAACGACAGUCCUUGUGGAACAGAAUACAAUUCCGUCUAUAUCCAAAAAACAGUUUAAAGAAACAUUUCUACGUCUAAUCGGAGAUAAUGGAAACCCGCUGAUCAAUCAAAGGCCACAAGUACCUCAGGACAACAGACCAGUAGUAGAAUCUUUCGGAAUACUCUUGAUACGUCUCAAGAACGCCAUAAAUUUCCCAUCCGUCGAAUGA